AUGGCCGAUACUAGCUAUCUCGAGAGUCUGCAGGCUGGAGCGGGUUUAGAUCCGAACGACCAUUCCAGCAUGUCUAGUUCGAUCAUUUGGACAACUUCCGUCCUGAUGGCCGCUGUUGCGUCCUUCGUACUCGCGCGUUUGUUCGUUCGAGGCGGAUACCGCCCUUCGUAUGCCGGCAUCGAUCAUUCACGUACUCUUGGAAAUGAUGACUAUAUCAUGUUCGGAGCCUGCGUCGCCACUAUCUUUCUUGCUAUGUGCUCAAUCAUCGGUGCCUGGUCAGGUCUUGGGAGACACAUAAUGGAUAUUCUGCGCGAGGACCCGGACCCCAAGCUCGAGAAUACCCAGAGUCUCAUCCAGAUCCUCUACGGCUGCUACGUAUGCUACUCUCUUGCCAAUGCCCUCACCAAGUUGUCGAUCAUUGCUUCCUACCUUCGCAUCUUUCCCAGUGUGCACUUCCGCCGUGCCAUGUGGGUGCUUGGAGUCUUCGUUGUGCUUCAAGCACUCACCUCUGUCGUCACGAUCAUCUUCGAGUGCGAUCCUGUUGAAAGCUCGUGGAACUGGAACGUGAAACGCAAGAGAUGCAUUGACAUUCAAUUGUUCUUCUACGUCACCUCCGCCAUCAACACCGCUACUGACUUUGCUCUCUGGGCUGCUCCAAUGCCCUACUUCUGGAAGUCUCGGAUGUCACGGAAGCAGAGGAUCGAACUGGUACUGUUGUAUUCAAUUGGCCUUCUUUCGUGUCUGUCGGGUCUUUUUCGUCUGGGACAGCUCAAGGGUCUAAAGUCAUUGGACAUUACAUAUCAUGGUGCACUUCCCCUCAAUUGUUCAAUGGGCGAGGUCAGCCUUGGAAUUAUUUGUGCUUGCAUUCCUCCUCUACGACCUGCGUUUCGACCAAUCUUGAAGAAAUUUCGACUGUACUCUAGAAUGUCGCCCGUGGAUAAGGCCAAGGUCACCCCAGUCUCGACUCCCCAAACGAGCCAGCAUCCAUACUUCGAGCGAAGACGAGAGCGAGCCUUGUCCCGAAUCGCUGAAGAUGGUCCCGUGGAAAAUAUUGAGUUUGACGAGUUUGAGGAAUCUUUUAGACAGUAUCUCGGUUCCUCCGUUGCUUCUUUACGACCGUCCGAUACCGGUACUAUCGGCGAGAGAGGUUCUGCUACCAGCACACGUCUCUUCCUCUAA